AUGGAACCGAAACCGCGGUUUUUUGUUCCUACAAUUCAAGCAAAUCCAGUUCUUGUUUACAGUUCAAUUGGAAAACAAGCAAAUUUAAAAUGUAUUGUACAAGCACCACCAGAUACUACAAUUACGUGGAAAAAAAUGAAUGAAUUAUUUUCUCCAAAUACUGUCGAACAACAAUCUACAAAAUUUUGGCAAUCUCAACAUGGAUAUUCAGAUACAUUUCAUGCUACUCUAAAUAUCAAGGAUGUUCAAAAAGAAGAUUAUGGCUUUUAUAUGUGUAUUGCUGAAAGUAUAACUGGACGAAGUAAUGCGACUGUUGAACUCAAAGAGCAUCGUCGAACAUCAUCCACUCGUCGUCCGAUACGUUUAGAUUCAAUUCUUUCUACCACUAGUCACCUAUUUGCGGAAACGUUGUUCAACAAUACGAUCCCUUUUCGCGUUCAGUCAACCAAUUUUAUCUCGUAUAAUUUGACUACAGAUGAUUUUAUGCAACAACAACAAGAACAACAACAAAAAUUAUUGUCCUAUAAUAAUCAAACACGAACACCAUUACUCAAACGAGAGCAACAACAAAAUAAAGAAAAAGAACAAAAAUACACUGUAAAUAGACGUGACGAUGAUAAAGAGCCGUUACGUCGCCGUCAUUCUCCAACAUCACCACCACCGCCAAAAGAGCGAAAAUAUCAUUCACCAUCACCACCUCCUAAAACAAAGCUGGAUACAUUAGGCAGCACUACACAUUCUAAAGCACGCGAUCUGAACAGUGAUUUGAAUUUAAUCAGUAAAUCAAAUAGUAAGAAUCUAAGACCUCAUUCACCACCAAAAGAUAAUGAUAGUCGAGCACAUGCAUCUCGAGCACGUGAUAAAUCGCCCGAAUUAAGUCCGGAAGAACGUGAUAUGCGUACAGUCUUUUGUAUGCAACUAGCAGCCAGAAUUCGUCCUCGAGAUUUAGAAGAAUUUUUUGCACAAGUUGGAAAAGUGCGAGAUGUGCGCCUGAUAACAGAUCCACGAACAAGACGAUCCAAAGGUGUGGCUUAUGUUGAAUUUCGUGAUUUGGAUUGUGUUACUCAAGCAAUUUCACUAUCAGGACAAAAAGUAUUAGGUGUACCGAUUAUUAUUAAACCAUCAAAUGCUGAAAAAAAUCGUUUGGCUAAUCAAAAUGCUAAUGCAAAUAAUGGUAAUAGUCAAUUUCCAUUUCAACAAUCAACCGUGCCUCAAACUGGUCCGAUGAAAUUAUAUGUUGGUUCAUUGCAUUUCAAUAUUACCGAAGAAAUGUUACGCGGAAUAUUUGAACCAUUUGGUCGUAUUGAAU